AUGACCAGUAUAUUAGUUUUGGGUGUUGGAUACAUUGGAUUAAAUGUUUCAAAAAAAUUAAAAGCAAAUGGAUAUAAGGUAUAUGGUAUUAGUAUUUUGGAAAAAGAUAAGAUUAAAAUGAUAAGAAAUGAAAUAAUACCAAUUAUUGCAGAUAUUCACGAUUGUGAAACUUGGAUACCAAAGACAUGUGAAUUGCAAAUAGAUGUUGUUAUUGAAUGUAUUUCUUCAAAAGAUAAACAUUCACCAAGAAUUAUACAGGAAUCUUUAAUAAAACUUCAGCAAUUACUACCUAAAAUAAAAAUAAUCCAUACAAGUGGAAGUUUUUCAUUUGGAUCUAACGAUUUUGUAAUGGAUGAAAAAACAAGAAGAUACGAUCACAGUGAUUUUAAAUGGAUAGAGGAAAUAGAUAACAACUAUGUUGAUAUGGGAGCAAUUGUCAUUAUACCAUCUAUGAUUUAUGGUAAGAAUGGUUCAUAUACCCAUUUUUAUUAUCACUGUGUGGAAUUAUCAAAAGAAUAUAAUAAGAAAGAAGAUAAAAAGCAUGUGAUAAAAAUAUAUGGAAAUAAAAAUAAUGUAGGAUUUUAUUCAGGUUUUAUACACAUAAAUGAUCUAUCUGAUUUCUAUUUAUUAGUUGUUGAAAAAAGUUCACAAAUCAGAGGAGAAACGUUUAUUGCAAAUAGUUAUUCAAUUAAAGUUGAAGAUUUAAUAAGAGAAAUAGCAAAAUUUUCAAUUGAAGAUAUAAGUAAAAAAGAAAUUGAAAUAGAGUAUGUGGAUUUACCACAAAAUAAAAGCAGUUUUCUUUUAGCAAUGACUUUUAAUCAAAGAUUAUCUCAUUCGAAAGCCUCAACAAUUUUAGGGUUUCACCCAAAGCAACCGUCAUUAAUAGAUGCAUGUAAUAUAUACUAUUUAUCUUGGAAAUAUGGAAAUGCAACCACCAAAGAUUUUAUUUCUUCAAUUGUAUCUUUUAAAUAA